GGCCGGACCCAGUGGCUACUAGGAAACAUUACGGACCGAGGUUUUAGUGGAUAGCUCUGUUCUAAUCGACGGAGAGGGAGGGGUCUUCAUUUGCCAGGUGUACAAACGAGGCUCAGAAGACUGGGGGACUUGCCUGAGGUGACUGACGCAGGUGUGUGAGGGACAGCUCCAAGUCUGUGCUCCUAACCUUUGGGCAACACUGCCCCGGGGUGCCCCCACGGCACCUGACACACAGAAUUCAACCCCCCCCCCCCCGUUGUCAAGGAAGUGCCCCCCUUCUCUGCCGCCCACCCCUGCCCUGCCCUCCGCUGACACAGGGUACAAGAAACCACCUCUGUUUUCACUCCUCAGGAACCCCUCACUGCGAGCUCCCUUCAGUGAACGCUUCUGCCCUGAGGAGGCAGAGCCUCUCCUGCCCACCACCUCCCAAACCCAGGCCCGGCCACGCAAAGGCUGCCCCUCCCAGGAAGCAGCUGUGGCCUUAAAUGCCCGCUUGCACGCAGACCCAGCCCUCCCAGGAGCCUGUCCUUGUUUGGGCAACCGCCACCAGCUGCGUACGGCCCCCCAACCAGGGUAGCCCAUGGAAGGGGUCUGGCCCAAACCUGGCCUAGAGCCAGAGGGCAUGGCCAGGACAAAUGACUGCGGGCCCCAGGAGCCGCUUGCCCCUCCCUACCCUGGACACUGGUCAGAGCACCACAGGUGGCCUGGGAAAGAAACGUGGUCCCCUUCCCAAAGCCCCAUGAAACAUCUUGGGGUGCGGUGGCCAAGCGGGGACCCAGCUGGAGCAGGGAGCGUGGACUGUGGCCUCGGAUACUGGCCCUGCCCGAGGCCCAGAACCGUCCCUGGCAUCCUAUUCCAGGGCCUGGAAACCCCAACCACUACCCUGCCCGGCCCACACUCCUCAGGCUCUGUCCGAAGGGGUGGGAGGCACAUUCAGAAUUCCUUUCUGGGGCCAGAGAAACUAUCUGGACAGAACAUGCAGGCCUGGAGCCAGCCGGCCACUUCCUCUGGCUGGGGCUGCUAUGGGCACCUGCCCGUUUGCCCACCACGUGCUUCCUCCCAAGGCUCCUUGGAGGACCCGAGAGUGACUGCGGACAAACAGGAGCCGGGCUGCCCAGGCGGGUUCAAGAUGCCCACCCAGGACGGUCCCUCUCCAUGUGCGAGGCCUGCCCCCGUCACAGGACUGACAGGCUCUCUACCCACCCUGCUGGGCCCAGGCCAGGGGACAGAGCCCACACAGACAGCUGCAUGCCCGCUCCCCCACCCAGCGUGUCUCAGCUCACUCCGAUGCCUGCACACGCGCUGCCAAGAACCCACUGUGUGCCGGGGCCUCGCUCCCAGCCAGGGUGCAGAGCCCCUGGGGAUGCUGCGGGCAGGCCUUGUGUGGGGGUGGGAGGGGUGUAUGUGGGUGCCCCCACUCCGAAACCUGCUUCUAGUGUCAAGGGGACACCAAGAAUCAUCCCUGCCUCAAAGGGGAGGCCUGAAGAUGCCUUUCUAAAGCCUGGGCGCCUGGCAAGUCCCCUCUACACGUUCGCUGUGGGGCCUCCAAGCUGGAAAAGGACGGUCAGAGCAGCGGGCGGCUGCGUCCUGGAGGCAGGGGCGACAGGGGAAGGCAGGGGGUGGGGGGGCUCCACAGACCGUGCCCCAGAGCCACGCAGGCCGGUGAGGGCAUCCCAGGCACAGGUCCCAGCAGCGGCCAAGCUGGGGCUCCUCGGAUGACCCAGACCGAGAGCAAAGAGGAGGGGGGGACGCGGUCCCUACGGGGCCUCCCUGGCUUGCGGCUGGGACAGUCGAAAUGACCUCAGGCAAAUCUCUGGCCCUGUGGGGACCUCUGCCACCUUCCCUGCCUCAGGGGUACAGGUGAAGCCGCAUCAGCAGCCGGGACACCCACAGCCUCUCCCCUCGGACACCCUCCCCCCAGCCCACCUUCUGGUUCCAGAACAGGGCCUGGCUGAAGGAAGAGGGGAACUUCCCCAGCAGCGGGCCGGCCAGCACACCGGCCAGCCCUGGCCAUUGUGUUCCCUCCGCCGCUGCUCCACACCCUUGCCCAGCAGCCCAGGCCCCUCCUUACGCCAUCCUGUGGACUCGGCCGGCUGCACACACCUGAAGGUGCCCAGUGCUCCUAAGGUCCAGGUGGGCACUGUGCCUGCCCCUCCCCUCUAAGCAGCCACAUCUCCCCGUCCACUUUGUCUGGUGGGAUUGGAAGCAGGAGGGACGCUGAUGACACCUGGGACAUCUGUCGCUGAUGCCUGCCCAGCGCUCCCCUUGCCCACUGGUGCAGGAACAGGUCCGAGAAGACCCACGCCGGGCUGGGAAGCUGCGCUCGGGAGAGGGGCCACGCCUCUGGGCCCAUGGCCUGGGGAGGCCAGCGCCUGGGGCCCAAGAUGAGGCAAAGAGCAGAGCAGAGGCCCAACUUUUGCAGGCCACACCGGACAGUCUGGGGUCGCCAGCCGGAGGCUGCGUGUUCUGCUGGACCUCCGAUUAGCUGAGCUCUGAUAACAUCACGACGACGACGACAGCAGGCAACGGUGCCCCGAUCUGGGCCACACAGCGCUGGGAGUACUUACUCCACAUGGGUCACCCCUCCGGCACCCCACGGCCCUCCUGAUGUCAUCACCCCAUUUAUAGGGUUCUCUUCAGCUCUGACGUCUGAGAAGGGAAAGGGCUGCUUGGGCACCUGGACUCAGCGCCCCCCACCACCUGUCCUGCCUCUUGAGACCCUCUGUCUUCUCUGUGCUGCUGUUCCUCAUCCGUGUGGGGUAACAGGAGACAUGACCCAUGCCCUGGGGCCCUGGACGCAAACAUUCCAGAAAGUUGCAUCCCGCUGCCUUGCCUUGAUCUUGGAGGCAGGGGACAGACGGAGAGCCCAGCUCGACGGCCAGCCCCGUCCGUGCUGUCCUCUGCUCCCGCUGCCCUGCUCCAAGCCCAGGCCGGGGGACCCACACUGCCGGGCCAGCCCUUGCCUCUCCUCUGGUCCCCAGGGUCCCCGGGCCCCUGUCCUCUACCAACAGCAGUGCUCGGAGGGGCCCUGGCCUCCGCAGCACCACUGAGUACAGGACCAGCGGAAACACACGCAGGGUGAGGGGGUGGCCAGUGGCCCAGGCGUCGGAGCCUGACAAAAGCCCUCCUGGGGAAGUGGGCCCGCACCUACCCCCGAGGUCCUCGAUGAUGUCCAGGCUGGAGCUCCAGGAGAAGCGCUCCACGGCCCCCAGCUCCAGCUCGGCCAGGGCGCCGGGCAGGGCCUCCAGCUGGUAGGCGCCACGCUUCCUCCAGUAGAGAAACAUGUUGAGGCCCGAGGGGGCCUCCCCGCCAGGCCCCUGCGUUCAGAGCCUGGGCGGCCCCGGGGACCUGGGUCCCCGAGGCCCGGACACAGCGGGUACAAGGGCUGUGGAGGUGCUGCAGGGACCCCAGGGCUGGCCUCAGGCCGGCAGGCACGGCCCUCCCCUGGGAGGGGAGCAUUCUGGGAGCAUCUGGGGGCCUUGGAGCUGACCAAUGGCCGGGGCCCCGGCCCCACACAAAGCGCCUUUCUUCCCCUCCUACAGACAUUUUACAAAUUUCAACUUCCCGGCCCCCUCGGAGCCCCCACCAAGGGGAUGGGCAGGCCGUCUGGGGACGGCUGAGGCCCGGAAAAGAGUGCAAUUGUUCCGUGGUCUCUUUGCUAAGAUAAAUUUCCAGAGGAGAAAAAUGUGCUGCCCCAGGAGCAAUUCCAGCCCCCCACCCCUGAACUCGGACCCCAGCCCCCAGCCCUAGCCGGGCCCCGGAGGAUUUCUCAAUGAGGAGUGGAAGCACCCAUGGGGGUGCCAUCAGAGGGCUCCCGGAGCUGUUCCAGCUGCCUGACUGGGUCCCCUCCCCAGGAAGCCCAAGGCACGUCCCAGCUCCACGAAGCAAAGGCCUGGAGGUGGUGUCCGGGGUUGAGGGGGAGGGAGCUGCGGGCCAAGCCAAGCCAGGAGCGAGGCCCAAAAUCUGCCCUCGGGGCUCUCUCCAAAGGCCUCUCCCCUCCCUGGGCUGGCCACAGUUCACCAGGCUACCCGCCCACCCCUGUCGCCCUCCUGGGACUGGGUGUCUGUCCCCCAUACUAAGGGCAGCACAAUGCACGGAGCUGGGGUCAGGCCAAACCCAGGAAGGAGGCUUCCGUGUCAGCGCGAAGCUGUACCGCCCCUGCACAGCUGGGCUCAAGGGUGGGUGGGCCAAGGAGGUGGGGGGAGGCGGGGGGGCGUUAGGGGACACGGAGCCGCACACAAGGAAAACAGCGAGCAGGGUAAAAACCCAGCUACACAGCAGACCAAUGUCCCCGGCCCGUUCAUUCGGAGCCUGUAAAACCUGCACAUUGUCACCUGGGUCGAAAAGGGACAUGGAAGCCCAUGGUCGCCCUCCUGGGGAGAGACCUCUGCCCUCACUCCAGGAAAGCGGGGCCUGCCUGGUCGUUUCGGUUCUCCCCACAGAGGUGGGAUUAAAAGUCCACGGCCCAGAGGAGGAGACUGGGAAUCAGCGAACAGAACUUGGAUUUGAACCCACAUGGGAGAGAAGUCAGGUAGUCAGAGCGCAGCGUCUUGGAAAUCCCGACAGGAGGCGGACGGCCAGCGUGCCGGGCCUCCUAGGCAGGAGCAGCCGAGCCAGGCCUCCCCGGUCUGAGCCUGCCAUGGCUCCCCCGGCUGUCAGGGCUGCCAAGGAGGUGGCCUGCGCGGGGCAGGGGAGGGGGUGCCGAGCUGGGGCACAGCUGGCGGGCUCCCCACCCCAACCAGACGGCUGGCAACAGAGAGGCACAAGUCUCAGGCAGGGGGAGCUGGCAGCAGAGGCUCUGCUUUUGGGGGGGUCCCUCCAGGGCUGUGUCUGGUGAGAGGGUGGCAGGGGUGGCCAUCCAGGCGGUCUGCACACCCCCAGCUGAGGGUUGAGGUGCCAAGAGGCGGCUCCAGUAAUUCAAGCCAUAUGCUUGCCUGCCUGCCCACCCUUCUCCCCCACCGGCAAGGGGCCAGCAACAGACAAACAGGGCCCCUUGGUCAUCGAUCACCGGCACCCACGGGGCCCCGGUGCACAGGAGGUGGGGGGCACCCCAGCUCGGGCUGACGAGCAAGUGGCCUGCAUCAGGAGUCAGAUCAGGCUCAGGGGUGUGAAAUGGUCUGUCCCCGGCUGCCACCACAGCAGAGGUCCGGGCUGCAGAGUGGGGGGGCUGGUCCCAGAGCCCUCAGAGCCCCCAGACCCUUCUGCGUCCACGCCUGGCAGGGGCCACACUUGGUUAUGGGUUCACAAGCAGCCCUGCCUGUCAGGGGGUUGGAUUUCUUCUGACCCUCAGCUCUCGGUGAGCUCAAGGAGUCCCCACUCCCCGCACGCCUCCCCUACAGAGGCCCCACCGGGGACGGGGGCUGCUUGCCUUGGCCCCUGAUGCUGCAGAGAAGUUGGGCCUCACUCUCCCGCUGUUCAGGACACAUUCAGCCUCAUCCUCCAGGUUUUCUCUGUCCCCAGAUGUGUCCCCUGCUUCCCACCUCCCUGCCGUGGCUUCUGCCGCUGAGCCCUGCUGCUGGGUGUCCUCUCUGGUGCCUUUGGGGGAGUCGCGCACACUCCUCCUGUCCAGGCCAGAGGACCCCACCCCCAGCUUGCCUCCAUCCUCCUGGAGCAGGGAUGCGUGAGGGAGCCCCAGGCUGCGAGAGGCCCCCAGAGUGCUCCCGGCGCUGCACCAGCCCCCACCUCUGAGAG